AUGAUUGUUGGUCUGAGGAAUAAGCGCCAGAGGCGCGAAGACUAUCGGGCGGCACUUCACGAUGAGGGUGCCGCAGAGCUUCCGCGAAAGAAGUUCUACCGACAGAGAGCUCACGCAAACCCCUUCUCAGACCAUUGCCUGAUAUACCCUGCAACACCCGAUAAGAUGGACUGGUCUUCACUGUUCCCUGACUAUAAGCCAAGGAAGCUCACCCAAGAUGUUGAAGUGGCAGACAUUGGGUGCGGAUUCGGGGGUCUGCUCAUUGCUCUUGCCCCUGCGUUGCCUGACACCCUAAUAUUAGGGCUCGAAAUCCGCGUGUCGGUGACGCAGUUCGUGGAGGAUCGGAUCAAGGCCUUGAGGGCUCAGAACCUGGAGAAGAAGCUUUACCGCAACAUUGGGGUUCUCCGUGCUAACACGAUGAAGUUCAUGCCCAAUUUCUUCAAAAAGGCCCAGCUCUCCAAGAUUUUUAUCUGCUUCCCGGACCCCCACUUCAAGGCGCGCAAGCACAAGCAGCGCAUCGUGUCGGCAACGCUCAACUCGGAGUAUGCCUACGUCCUGAGGCCCGGUGGUAUCGUCUACACCAUCACCGACGUCCCGGACCUGCACGAGUGGAUGGUGGGCCACUUCGAAGCACACCCCUCCUUCGGGAGGGUGUCCGAAGAGGAACAGGAGGCUGACCCCUGCGUCACCAUCAUGCGGACGGAGACGGAAGAGGGCAAGAAGGUGGAAAGGAACAGCGGCAAGAAGUUUAUUGCUCUCUUUAGGCGGCUGGACGAUCCCCCGUUUGGCGAUGAGCUGGAGAAGAUGGAGGACCAAGGGAGAGACAUAGCGCUUGCGGGUGUUGCAUGCUUUAUCGCGUGGGGCUAUGCUGUCAACUGGUUCCCGGCCCUGCGCUGGGCUGGCUACGCAUUUGUUGGCGGCGUGCUCGUCACCCUCGUCACCCUCGCCGCCCUGCUGUUGCUCACCGUCCGGCGCUCUCCAUUCCCAUCUCGCCGCCCGCUCCGACGGACCGCUCGACCGAAUGGCGCUGCAUUCCUUGGCCCCGAAUCGUGGCCGUCCGAAACGUCACUCUAUCCCGAAUCCCCAAAGUACAUUGCCCGCGACUUCGUCAAGGUCUGGUACACUAGCAUCAGCAAGAACCCCGUCUUCUCCGAUGAGGUAGACAAGACCAUACGCGGGGCGCUGCUCAGGGUCCGCGACCGCCUGGCCGAGCUCGACCUCACCGAGGCCCUGACAACACGCCUCGUGCCCAUCAUGACGGCCCACUUUCGCGACUUCUACGAUGCCGAGCGCUCCGUCAGGGGCCGCAAGCUGAACAGAUCUGUCACCGAGACGGAAGAGCUGGACCUGGCCAUCGCUUCAAACCUGGCCUUCUCCGACACCAAGACGGCCCAGCAGGACUACCUAAGAAAGACCAUCCUUCUGGCCUCUGGGUCCGUCUCGACCAUAAUCCGUGAAAUCACCGCAUGCGCCGUCAUGUUUCCCCUGAUGGAGAACUAUGGCCGGAGCAUGCUCCAGGAUCGCUCUACCCAUGCCUCGCCGGCUCCCAAAACUAGCAAGCCCAUGUCGUUCCCCCGGCUGUCCCCCUCCGACAGCGAGAGGAGGUUUGAGAAGUUUAUUCGUGCAAUCCGCAAAGUGAACAAUCUUUCGGACGCGAGGCGCUUCCGUAGCGAACAGGAGACUGUGGACCAGGUCUACCUGCGCCGGUUGGAGAUGGGCAAAAAAUUGCUAGACCAGAAGGUUCAGCACCUGGCAGCGGGAGGCGAUCGCCGGGCAAUUCCACAGAACACCGGCACUUCGUCACCAGGCGUGUCCCGGCUGGAGAAUGCGUCGCUCACCGAUAUGCUCCGGGACCCCUCGGGUCUCUCUUAUUUCAUGGAGUUUAUGGACAGGCAGCGGCUCAUGCCUUUGGUUCAGUUCUGGCUUGUUGGAGAGCAGCUUGACCUCGCGCAAAUUGAUGCCGCAUACCUCAGUCAGCCAGAGCUCAAGUUCCUAAAGGCCGGCAGGGAUGCGACGCCGGAGCAAUACUACAGGGCGCGAAGGGAAAUCCUGCGGGCCCAAAGUGCUGUUCUGGAGGAAAUGCAAAUUAAACACUUUCACAACUUCAAAAAGUCAGACUUGUUCUACAAGGCGCUAGCUUCCGAAGAGGCGUCAAAGCGCACCGUGAUCGCCGGCCCCAGCGCCGGGCAAUCUUCAGCGACACCAUCGAUGGCUCGGUCGUCAUCAUACAUUUCUGCGAAACCAAACCCGGUGGCCCGCUUGGUCCCAAGGCUUCAUUCGGGGCCCCAUAACCGACGAGCUGGGUCAGCAUCAGAUCUGAGGACCAUGAAUGUUAACGGCAACAGUGGCCUUGAUCAUAUGGUCGCUCCCCGUCGAUCGGUCGACGAAGACUCUCCCACCCCUUUGUUUGACGAUGACGACCUCGGAGAUGACGCACUGGCCGAUUCCGUGCAGAGUCUCGACCAGGAAACCGUCCCGCCUGUUCCCGAUACACAAGUCGUGCAAGCCAUGGAAAAAGCGCUUAACAAUAUCUUGGAAAGCAGCCAGCCUCCAACAGCAGAGGAUCUCCAAGCCUCGCUCUUUGGAAACGAUGAAGCUGGCUCGAGCCUCUUUACCUCGCCAGACACAGACUCCAAACGCCCAUCGGUGGAUAUCCCACGCUCCAGUCGCGGCUCUUUGCACGCGGGAAAAGAAGUUGAUAAACCUAGCCUGGCCUCUUUGGGUCUUGUGAGCGCGGCAUCGCGCAUAGGCGUCUUUGUCGAUAACGAUCUUUUUGGGGACGAAGAUAGAUUUCUGUCUGACGAGCGCGAAGGCGAUGACGACGAUAAAGUUGAUGAGGAUGCGGAUGCAGUUCAUGAGGCUGCGCCCGGUGACCUUGGCCUAGCUGAAGCCAUUACAGUUCUAACCAACGACAUCGACCGACUUAUUGCCCAAGACGCCGUGGUGGACUCGCUGCUGCGAAAGGCGGAGCUGACCAAUAACACAGCCGAGCUACGGAUCUUGCGGAAGUCAAAGGCCAGCUUGGGAAGAGAAAUUCGGAGAAAGGAACUGCAAAGACAACAGUACGUCAUCCAGGAGAGCGACAACAGCUUAUACGGUCGCUCCACGAUCAAAAUCACAUCCAUCCAGGUCGGACGAGAGGACGAUGGGAAGGAGUUCGCCCUGUAUGCCAUCGAGGUUUCCCGAAACGCUGGCGAGAAGAUGCCCGCGGCGACCUGGAUCAUUACGCGCCGCUACAGCGAGUUUUUGGACCUGCACCAGAAACUUAGAUCGCGUUAUCCUUCUGUGCGCAACUUGGACUUUCCCCGGCGACGGAUGGUGAUGAAACUCCAGAGUGAGUUCUUGCAGAAGCGCCGCGUGGCCCUGGAACACUACCUUCGCGAGCUUCUCCUUCUCCCAGAUGUCUGCCGCAGCCGUGAUCUUCGGGCAUUUCUCUCGCAGAGCGUCAUCAACCCCCAAGGUCAGGACCUGACGGAUCGCGAGGACAAAAAGGAUAUGAUUACGCGGCUAUAUGACUCGGUUACGGACGGGAUGGAGGACAUCCUCGGAAGCAUACCCGUUCUUGACCAGCUAUCAAUUGCCGGGCAGAACUUGAUUGCGGCGGCUACUAACCAGCUCAACACGAUGCCCCUGACCGUGGGCGAGGAGGGAAGCAUGAGCGUAGCCGAGGCAGAAGCUGAGCUCAACGCAUUCGAAAACAGGGAGCUCGAGCCCUUUGUCAAGCCAAUCUGUGACAUCUUUCUCGAGGUGUUUGAACUCAACCGCGGGAACAACUGGCUGCGGGGCCGUGCCGUCGUGGUGGUCUUGCACCAGCUCCUCGGUGGGACCAUUGAGAGGAAACUGCGAGACAACAUAAAGACGCUUGUCCAGGAGGAUGCCAUGCUCAAGUACAUUGGCCUCCUCCGGGACGGCAUGUGGCCCGGCGGCCAGCUCCCCAAAAACAAGGUGCCCCGAACAACAGCGCAAAAGUCAAGGACGAGGACCGAGGCGAGCCUCAUGCUGGCCACGUUGGUCCCAGAUCUGGCAGGGAGCGUAGUGGGCCGUUUAAACGCACAGGCAGCAAGCCGGAGAAUAUUCGCGACAUUGAAUAAUUCACGACUCAAUGCCCAUCUAGCCUUUACGUUUUUAGAUGAGGUUAUUAGCAUCCUAUCAACUACUAAGGCCGACGUUGAGGCUCACUUCGCCACGCAUGGCACCGGCGAGAUCACCGAGAUCAAGCUCAUGAACGGGUUUGGUUUCAUCGAGUACAAGGAUGCCAUGGAUGCCCGGGAUGUCGUCCCAGAUGGAUCCGACUUCAUGGGCGAACGCCUGACGGUUCAGUUUGCCCGUGGCACCCGCCACCGCGAAGGAGGCGCAUUCAAUACCAACGAGCGCAGUAACGCGCCCCGGCCACGUCGCACUCCGCAUCGAAUGCAAAUCAGUGGACUCCCCAAUGAUACGAGUUGGCAGGACCUGAAAGACUUCGCCCGACAGUCCGGUCUUGAUGUUGUGUACUCCGAGACUGGCCGCAACGGCAACGGUGAAGGGUUUGUCGAGUUUGAGACCGCCAACGAUUUGAGAACCGCUGUUGAGAAGCUGGACGGCCGCGAAUUCAAAGGCUCGUCGGUGAAAUGCGUUGCUAAUCCUGACAUUCCGCGAGGUGCGCCUGAUCGUGCUCGCUCGAGAUCUCCCGCGCCGCGUCGCCCGUAUGCGCCACCUGUCGAUGACCCACGUCGCGAAGGAUAUCGCGACGCUUAUCGCGACCGUCCUUCUCCGCCCCCCCGCCGAGAGUACUACGACGACAGAAGAGGAGGAUACCGUUCCCCCCCGCGCCGCGCUCCCAUUGAUGACUAUCCGCCGCCGCGACGCUACGAUGACCCCUACCGCGCCCCUCGGGAUUAUCCUCCCGACCCGUAUGUGAACGGACGAGCGCCCUAUGAUCGCCGCCCUCCCCCGCCGGAGUUUCCGCCCCGUGACAGCUAUCCUCGGGAGGGUUAUCCUCGUGAGUUUGAGCGCCGUUACUAG